UUUAAUGUUAUUAAUUGCACUUAAAAAUAUAUUACUGUAAUAACAUUUAUUUUAACACAAUGAUAUCGAUGAUCUCUGUUAAUAUCUUAAAGAGCAAUGGUAUCGGAUGCUUAUCUCGAUUAUGUAAGAUAUCAAAGAGUCAUAAUGUGACACAAGUGGCUUUUAUAAAAAGAUUAUCACUGAAGGUGGAGCGAGCUAAACCUACAAAAGUAUAUCCUUAUUGGAGGAAAGGAUACACUGUACGCAGUUUGAUAUCUGACCCCUUGGUAUACAAAUAUGAUGAAAGUAGCAAAUUGAUAGUUGUAGAUGGACUUCCAGCAAUAGGAAAAACUAAAUUCUGUGAAAAAUUGGCAGAAGAAUUUGGAUUAUUGUACAUGCCACCUCCAACACACGAUCAAAUAUAUAUAAAUUGUUAUGGAUAUGAUUUUAGAGAGUUAGAUUCAAAAUUACCAAGUAAUGCCCAGAGUUAUGAUUUAAAACGGUUCUUGAAAAAUCCUAAUCAUCCACAAGUACCACAAUUCCAACUAUUCUACAUGUUAAUGAGGUUUGAACAAUAUAUAAAUGCAAUAAUUCAUAUACUUGCAACUGGACAGGGUGUGAUACUCAAUCGAAGUAUCUACUCAGAUGUUAGUUUUACCGAUGCUAUGUAUAAUGCUGGGUAUCUGAAUAAGGUAGUAAUACAAAAUUUUGAAAUAAUGAAGCAGCAUUCACUUCAUAAUCUUUUAAGACCACAUUUAGUUAUAUAUUUUGAUGCACUUCCAGAUGCUGUUCAAAAAAAUAUUAAAAAGAGAGGUAAUAUGGAUGAAGUUAAUUCAAAAGUCUUUACAACAAAAUAUUUAUCAGAUAUGGACAAAGCAUAUAAAGAAAAAUCCCUAACUUGGUUAUCAAAACAUACACACAUACUGAUGUAUGAUUGGUCGACAGAAGGAAAUUAUUUAGAUGUAUUUUCAGACAUUGAAAACUUAGAUUUACAAGAAGAUCCAGAGAAGAAUAUGUUGAGUGAUUGGAUAUUUGAAAAUAUAGAUCAUGUGCAUUCAUAUAUGCUUAAAUAUCAAAAUAAGGUGAACAUGUUGGCCCAUAUGAUGCUGCCUAAACCUAAAAUGGUAUUUUGUGAGGAGCUUUGGAUGAACGCAUAUGAUAACGAAAAAUACUCUGACUUACUUGAUACAAUAGAAUGUGAAAAAUACCUGCCUGAAUAUCACCCAGCUUAUGGAGAUAAGGUCCUGUUUAAGAGUAUCAAUUCGUUUAAAUAUUCUGCGUGUCGCCGCACACCUCGUGAUCUUAUAAAUUAUAGCGAAGCUAAAUUACCACAUUAUUAAAUAUUGUAAUACAAUUUUAGUAGUCAAAAUAAACCAUUCU